GGGCUUCCGAGUGAGGUGGGAGGAGGGGGCGGGGAGGGAAGCGGAGGCUGGGGAGCUCUAGGCCGGCCGGCGGUGGCGGCGGCAAGGCCGGGACUCGGGCUGAGGGCCUGCUGUGGCGGCAGCCGCGGACGCCGAGCUCUGCAGCGGGUUUCUCUGGAAACCCCCCUGGUAAGUGUGGAGGAGGCGGGACACUCUGACCCAAGACAAAAGGCCUGUAGCUCCAGCCAAAGAAAAUAAACCUUAGGGAGAAGGAAAAAAAAAAACAAACCCAUCAGCUGUUCCUGAGAACAGCCUGCAGUGGAAUCUACAGAGAGGACAACUAAUGUGAGUGAGGAAGUGACUGUAUGUGGACUGUGGAGACAGUAAGUCACGUGGGCCCUGAGGGCCUGGACUGGGUUAGCAACAGUUGUACACGCUGAGGUGAGGUGCCGAGAAGGGAAAAGUGAAUGUGGUCUGGAGAGUGGCCUUGGCUUCACAGGGUGUGCUUUCCUCUGAGGCCAUCCGGGAGCUCAGCCCCUGUGUUCUGCCAGGGUGGGAUACAGGGUUUGGCACUGAGGAGGGUAACUUGCUGGCUGGAGCAGCAGAGCAGUGGCCUUGAUUUGUCUUUCGGAAGAUUUAAAAACCAAAAAGCAUAAACAUUCUGGUCCUUCAGCAAUGCUUUCUCUGAAGAAAUACUUAACGGAAGGACUCCUCCAGUUCACCAUUCUGCUGAGUUUGAUUGGGGUGCGGGUGGACGUGGAUACUUACCUGACCUCACAGCUUCCCCCGCUCCGGGAGAUCAUCCUGGGGCCCAGUUCCGCCUACACUCAGACCCAGUUCCACAACCUGAGGAAUACCUUGGAUGGCUAUGGCAUCCACCCCAAGAGCAUAGACCUGGACAAUUACUUCACCGCCCGGCGGCUCCUCAGUCAGGUGAGGGCCCUGGACAGGUUCCAGGUGCCGACCACUGAGGUAAACGCCUGGCUGGUCCACCGGGAUCCAGAGGGGUCUGUCUCUGGCAGCCAGCCCAGCUCAGGCCUCACCCUCGAGAGUUCCAGUGGCCUCCAAGAUGUGACAGGCCCAGACAACGGGGUGCGAGAAAGCGAAACGGAGCAGGGAUUCAGUGAAGAUUUGGAGGAUUUGGGAGCUGUGGCCCCUCCAGUCAGUGGAGACCUAACCAAAGAGGACAUAGAUCUGAUUGACAUCCUUUGGCGACAGGAUAUUGACCUGGGGGCUGGGCGUGAGAUUUUUGACUAUAGUCAUCGCCAGAAGGAGCAGGAUGUGGAUAAGGACCUGCAAGAUGGAGCGGAGCGGGAAGACACCUGGUCAGGCGAGGGCGCAGAAGCUCUGGCGCGAAACCUGCUAGUGGAUGGAGAAACCGGGGAGAGCUUCCCUGCACAGGUGCCUGGUGGGGAGGACCAGACGGCCCUGUCCCUGGAAGAGUGCCUUAGGCUGCUGGAGGCCACCUGCCCCUUUGGGGAGAAUGCUGAGUUUCCAGCAGACAUUUCCAGCAUAACAGAAGCAGUGCCUAGUGAGAGUGAGCCCCCAGGUCUUCAGAACAACCUCUUGUCUCCUCUCCUGACGGGGACAGAGUCGCCAUUUGAUUUGGAACAGCAGUGGCAAGAUCUCAUGUCCAUUAUGGAAAUGCAGGCCAUGGAAGUGAACACGUCAACGAGUGAGAUCCUGUACAGUGCCCCUCCUGGAGACCCCCUGAGCACCAACUACAGCCUUGCCCCCAACACUCCCAUCAAUCAGAAUGUCAGCCUGCAUCAGGCGUCCCUGGGGGGCUGCAGCCAGGACUUCUCACUCUUCAGUCCCGAGGUGGAGAGCCUGCCUGCGGCCAGCAGCUCUGCGCUGCUGCCCCUGGUCCCCAGCAAUUCCACCAGCCUCAACUCCACCUUCGGCUCCACCAACCUGGCGGGGCUCUUCUUUCCGCCGCAGCUCAACGGCACCGCCAACGACACGGCGGGCCCCGAGCUGCCGGACCCGCUGGGGGGCCUGUUGGACGAAGCCAUGCUGGACGAGAUCAGCCUGAUGGACCUGGCCAUCGAGGAGGGCUUCAACCCCGUGCAGGCCUCCCAGCUCGAAGAGGAGUUCGACUCCGACUCAGGCCUCUCCUUGGACUCCAGCCAUAGCCCUUCCUCCCUGAGCAGCUCUGAAGGCAGCUCCUCGUCCUCGUCGUCGUCCUCCUCGUCGUCCGCGUCGUCCUCGUCCUCCGCGUCGUCCUCGGCGUCUUCCUCCUUUUCUGAGGAGGGUGCGGUCGGCUACAGCUCCGACUCCGAGACCCUGGACCUGGAGGAGGCCGAGGGCGCCGUGGGCUACCAGCCCGAGUACUCCAAGCUGUGCCGCAUGAGCUACCAGGACCCGUCCCCGCUGUCCUGCCUGCCCUACCUGGAGCACGUGGGCCACAACCACACGUACAACAUGGCGCCCAGCGCCCUGGACGCCGCCGACCUGCCGCCGCCCGGCGCCCUCAAGAAGGGCGGCAAGGAGAAGCAGGCCGACUUCCUGGACAAGCAGAUGAGCCGGGACGAGCACCGCGCCCGCGCCAUGAAGAUCCCCUUCACCAACGACAAGAUCAUCAACCUGCCGGUGGAGGAGUUCAACGAGCUGCUGUCCAAGUACCAGCUGAGCGAGGCGCAGCUGAGCCUCAUCCGCGACAUCCGGCGCCGCGGCAAGAACAAGAUGGCGGCGCAGAACUGCCGCAAGCGCAAGCUGGACACCAUCCUCAACCUGGAGCGCGACGUGGAGGACCUGCAGCGCGACAAGGCUCGGCUGCUGCGGGAGAAGGUGGAGUUCCUGCGGUCGCUGCGGCAGAUGAAGCAGAAGGUGCAGAGCCUGUACCAGGAGGUGUUUGGGCGGCUGCGGGAUGAGAACGGGCGGCCCUACUCGCCCAGCCAGUACGCGCUGCAGUACGCCGGGGACGGCAGCGUCCUACUCAUUCCGCGCACCCUGGCCGACCAGCAGGCCCGGCGGCAGGAGAGGAAGCCCAAGGACCGACGGAAGUGAGCCUGGGGAGGACGGGGGGUUGACGCUCACCGGGAUGGAAACUGGAGAAGGGCUGGGCCUGGACCUGGACCUACCGUGGGGACUUGGAUGCCUUCUUAUCCAGUAGAGCUGCUCGGACGGGAUGAACUGCGGGGCAGUGGACGCGCAGAGGAGGGCGCGGGCGCUGGCUGGCUCGGCUUCCCCCCCCCCCCCCGGGGGGGGGGGGGGGGGGGGGGGGGGGGGCCCGGCCCCCCCCCCCCCCCCGGGGGGGGGUGGUGCGGGGAGGGCGGAAGCAGCCAGGCCGUUUGGGUGGACAGGGUCCUCACCCCUGCUGUUUCCUUUGAGGGAAGGGGUGGUGAUGGCAUGGCUGGAGGCCGACCAAGGGGAAAGGGGGGGGAUCUUGUGAGAGGAAAGUCGUAGAAAGUCUCAUCCCUGGAAGGAAGCAAGGAAGGAACGAAGGAAGGAACCAAGGAAGGGGGAUUAAAAAAAAAAACACAAAAAAACCCCAAAAAAUCAAAGCGGGAAGAAAAUCAAAGGGCAGGUAGGGUUGGCUCUGGCCGGGAUACCAGACGGCAGGUUUUAGGUGGGACUAGGCCCUAGGCUUGAGUAAAGCCCACUUCACCCCAGGGGAGGGCGGAGCACAAGGUGGGGCCUGGGAGGGGCUUUGUGGGCUCUUCCAGCUCCUGCCCUGUGGCUGCCGGAAAGGGGAGCUCUGGGAUGCCUCCUGACAUGUUCUUAUCUGGAGGGGAGCCACUGGGACCCAACACUGGCUUGGGGGGUUAGGGUCAAAGAGGAGAGGGAACAGGAAAGGGUCACAAGGCCCCCGUGCCUGUUAGCAGCAGCCCCAACACCGAGCAUGCCCCUCACCGCCCUGCCACUCUCAUCUCCCACUGUGCCCGUUCCCCGCAGAGCUGAGGCACCCACGUUUCCAUCAGAGCCUGCAUGCGAAUGCCGAUCUCCGAUCUCGUCCCGCCCAUGUGCCUCCGCCCCUCCCCGCUGCCUGGAGCUCUUCCGCAGCUGGGGUGCUGGCGGUGCCCCCAGUGCUGAGCCUGCGACCUCCUGGGGGCUGCUGGGAGGCAGGGGGAUGGUGUGGAGAAGCCAGGCAGUAUUCAGCACAACACUGGGGAAUGACCCUUCCCUCAGGCCUCCCCCUCCGACAACUGGGCAUGUCACUAGAAGACAAACCCACAAAACCCAGCAACAAAAACAAACUAGUCCUUUUAGAAUUUCUUGCGCUUUGAUUUUUUUUAGGGCUUGAGCCCUGUUUCACUUAUAGGGUCUAGAAUGCUUGUGUUGAGUAAAAAGGAGAUACCC